ACUUAAUUAAAUCCAAUUUCCCAAUUUUCUUCACGAACACUUGAGCCCUAAUCCCCAAAUCACAACUAUGGGUUACCAAAUCCACCAAAUCAAUCUUCAAGUUCGACGAAAUCAACAAUUUUAGAGAACACUGCAUUCAUAUCUAGAACCUGCUUCGACCUUAUACCCAACACCGCCACGAACCUCCGCUCACACUCACAAGUGUCCCAUAACACACCUUCACUCUACCGCCGCCACUGAUACUCAGGUGGCUCUUGUUGCUGCCUGAUUUUUUUAUUUAGAGAUAGAAGAAUACUAAAAGAGACAAAAGGCGUUGGUACAAAAUGCUUCAGCCCCAAAUCGUGCAGUCACCUGCCAGGCUUGGCCUUACAAACCCUAACUCACCAUCAAUUUUGAAUGCUAACCCACAAAAGCUUCCUCCAUCACAGACCCACCAUCACCAAAACAACCAUUCUGCAACUCCUUCAGCUGCUCUACUCUCUCUUUUACCACCUCUCCCUAGAGCACAGGCACUUCUUGCUCAAAUGGCUACCUUAGCAUCAAAACUCUUUGAAGUAUCACCCAACAGAUCUGUUUGGCUCACUGCAUUCCGUGGAUCACUCCCAACAUUCCUUUCUUCCCAAACCCAAUCACAUCCAUCUUCCUUGCUUGAGUCUUCUUCGCCUUCCUCCACCAAAGAAAUUAUUUCACUUUUCACGUCGCUUCAAACCCAAAUCUUUGAAUCUGUUGCUGAACUCCAAGAAAUUAUUGAUCUACAAGAUGCCAAGAAGAAGAUUGACGGGGAAAUUAGGUCAAAAGAUUCGGCACUUCUUGCGUUUGCCAACAAACUCAAAGAUGCUGAGCGGGAACUUGACAUUCUUGUUGAUGAUUACUCUGAUUAUCGCCGCAGCAUCAAGAGAUUGAAAUCAGGAGAUGGGAGUGAAGAUGAUUCUGUAACCACCUCGACUGUCACAUCUCAGCUGAAACUGUCGGAUAUAUUAUCAUAUGCUCAUCGAAUAAGUUAUACAACCUUUGCACCACCGGAAUUUGGAGCAGGAACGGCUCCUCUUCGCGGUGCAAUGCCACCUGCACCACAAGAGGAACAAAUGAGAGCUUCACAGCUAUAUAACUUUGCAGAUCUUGAUAUUGGUUUGCCUAAAGCAGUUGAUUCUAAGGAGAAAACAGUUGAGGCUAUUAUUGAGCCUCCACCUUUACAGCCCGUGGAUGCCAAUCCACUUGCAAAUUUGUCUGCAAUUCAAGGGAUGCUUCCUCCCAAUUUUUCUAUUCCACCUGGUUGGAAACCUGGAAUGCCUGUACAAUUGCCUAUUGAUAUGCCAAUUAAGCCCCCACCUGGGUGGAAACCAGGGGAUCCUGUGGCAUUGCCUCCUAUUGACUCGGUACCAAGAUUUGAGGAACCGAAAAUACCCCCUCACAUCCCUCAGCCCAAGCAGCCUGAAAUUAUUCAAGUGCAGCAUGUUAAUUUGGAUCUCGGAGGAAGUGAUAGUAGUGAUUAUAGUAGUGACGAGGCAAGCUCUGAUGACGAAGAUUGACAAGUCCAUAAAAUUUAUCUUCUCAAAUUGUCGACUGUACAGGUUAUACACACAGGAGGACCAGCCAGAGUUUGAGAGGGGAAAAGGUUAAGCAUCUGGAAAAGAAUUGAAUUACCUUCCUUGGCCAACAUAAGUUAAUUUGAGAAAAGAGUUGAACAUCCUUGGGCAGCAUAAGUUAAUUUGAGAAAAUACACACAGGACGGUAACUCAACAGCUUUUUCGUUUCUCUAUUAUCAUUUUUUCCCGUUAAAAUGAGACGGUUGAAGAUAAUGUAGUUGAUUCUGAUAUUUUGUUUGUUACUGUCGGUCUCAUGAUUUCUGGAUUUUGUAGAAGUUGCUAAAUGAGUUUAAUAUUUGACAUAUCUAAA